GCUUGCCGUACCUGUGACUCCGCUUGUAUGCGGAAGUUUUUGUUUACUCUCGUGAGUUUGUCCAAAGAACUUGGCAGCUCGAAAACGCUACAGAAAAUUUAUUACAAGGAGAAAUGGACCUAAAUCAAGAGUCGGUUAAAAAGACUCUUUCUAAGUAUAAAUUUCACGAUGUUGCUGUUGAGGAAAUACAGAAAAUUCACUCCAGUUACCCAGACAUGAAAACAGUGGCCGGGACUUACACAUAUAGUGACAGUUCUCAGAAGGACCUGCUGAAGGUGCUGGUAAACAUCCCUGUCAGAUACCAAAGACGUUCAUACAACUUGCCUAUCCAGUUAUGGCUAUUGGAUUCAUUCCCCUUCACGCCACCCAUCUGCCUUCUUCGACCCACAGCCAGCAUGAUGAUAAGAGAGGGAAAACACGUGGAUGCCAAGGGCCGAAUCUACCUGCCUGCACUGCACAACUGGGACCAUCCCAAAUCAUCUGUAAUAGCGCUGCUGGAGGAGAUGAUUGCGAAGUUUGAAGAGGAUCCUCCUCUGGCCAUGAAAACUACAGGCGAUGAAAAAGACCCCAGUGAGCUGCUUGCAAUGGUUUCGCAUCUAAAGAUCACUGAAGAUGGAAAUCGGCCUGAUCAGAGUGUAAAUAAAGUCUCUGUGAUUGGAGGAGGAGAUUUGGGGAUGGCUGCUGUGUUAAGUAUAAUGGCAAAAGGUUUUGUGGACAAACUGGUUUUAAUUGACAUACCAGAGAGUUCAACCAAAGGAGGCACCAUGGACUUGGAAAUUUUUAACCUGCCGAAAGUGGAAGUCUCGAAAGAUCUCUCAGCCUCAGCUGGGUCUAAGGUGGUAGUGAUUACUGCAAACGCUUGGAACAAUGAGCAGUCGUUUGUGAGCGUGGUGCAGACGAAUGUGGAUCUGUACGGGAAGAUCGUCCCAAGCCUGGCUCGUCUGAGUCCCAGUGCAGUGCUUCUCGUCGCCUCUCAGCCUGUGGAGAUAAUGACCCAUGUGGCAUGGAGACAGAGUUGUCUGCCACCGACGCAGGUGAUUGGUGUUGGCUGUAACCUGGAGUCUGAAAGGCUUGCUUACACCCUCAACGUUGCAAUACUGGCUAACAGCACAAACAAAAAAGCCUGGGUCAUAGGAGAGCUUUCUGACAACAAGGUCGCUGUCUGGGCUAAUGUAGGAGGGGACAAGCACCAAAUGCUGGUCCCAGUGUCCAACUCUACAAGACCACUGAUAGACAGGGCAUUUGAGAUGUUGAAGGGGAGAGGUCAGAGGUCAUGGUCAGUGGGGCUUUCUAUCGCCGACAUCACGCACUCUAUUGUUACAGACCAGAAAAAAACACACUCCAUCACAACCCUGGCUCAGGGAUGGGGUGGCAUCAGCUCUGAAGUGUUCCUCAGCUUGCCCUGCGUGCUUGGAGUGAAUGGAUCCACCCGUCUGGCAGGAGCGUCUCUCAGCUCGGAAGACGAUGCCAAGGUGAAGGAGAGUGUCACGUCUCUGACCAAUCUCGUGAUGCAGCUGAGGAUUUAGUUCCAACAUCCCUGCAAAGACUUUAAAGGCCAGCAGCAGCAUUGUAACAGUAUCAGCAAACAAGGCUGCAUGACAAACCUCAUUUGCAUCCACGCUCCAGGCUGCCUUACAAUCUCAGACUGCAUAGUGCCUUUUAACAAACAUCUGAAUUCAAGAAAUGCCCAAGUACAUAGAGUGCAAAGAUUUAGAAUACAGGCAAUAAGAGUAACAUGUUACACUCUAAAAAAUGACAUUCAUUCCCUGCUAAAUUAAUAUCACCUGAACAUAUUUAAUUUAUACCUCUCUUAUUUUCUCAAAUUAAGAUUCGAAAUGUUUUCACAUCUAAUUUCUAAAGUCUCAGAUUAGGUUUUCAUCCAGACAUUUUUUACAGAAAUGAUCAAAUAGCACAGAAAAAAUAUCUUAAUAC